ACGUCAUCCGGGUUCAUGACUGUCACCUGACUAAAACAAUUCGCAUCGCGUGCUUGCGGUUGUUAGCCAAAUACACUAAUAUACCUAAUGUUAGAAUUGCUUCUUAAUGCGUUUUAUUUGAAUAUUUUAAGCGUUUACGUCUGCUACCUUUGGGGAAAUGGAAAGUGGCGCCGUCUGUUAAACAUAAGUGGCUGUCGCUCGACUAAUUUUAAAGUUCUUCUGGAUCAAACAAUCUGAGCAAACAUGCCUCAUUCUGCAGCUGUCAUCAGUGGGCUCCAGAGGAUGGUUCUAUACGAGACGAGAGCCAGGUAUUUUUUGGUGGGGAGCAAUCAGGCUCAGACCAAAAACAGAGUGCUGAAGAUUGACCGCACAGAACCCAAGGAUUUGGUCAUCAUUGAUGAUAAGCACGUAUACAACCAGCAAGAGGUGCGCGAGUUGCUCAGUCGUCUGGACUUGGGAAACCGCACAAAGAUUGCCCAAAAGGGUCCGUCAGGCCUGUCGAGAGCCGUGUCAGCCGAUGGCAUCGUGGGCUUUGUACGCUUCCUGGAAGGCUACUACAUAGUGUUGAUCACCAAACGCAGAAAAAUGGCCGACAUCGGGGGCCACUCCAUUUACAAGAUCGAGGACACGACCAUGAUCUACAUUCCUAAUGACUCGGUCCGGGUGGCGCACCCCGACGAAGCCAGAUAUGUCCGAAUCUUUCAAAACAUGGACUUAUCCAGUAACUUUUACUUCAGCUACAGUUAUGACCUGAGCCACUCGCUGCAGCACAAUCUGACGCUGCUGCAGAGGCCUUACGAGCUGUGGUCCUCGGCAUCCUCCAAUGCCGAGGACGAAGCAAACAAGCGGAACAAACAGGAGAGCUUUGACAUCUUUGAAGACGAAGGGUUGCCCACUCAAGUGGUUUACGGCGUGCGCGCUGAACCGUACUACAAGUACGUGUGGAACGGGAACUUGCUGGAGCGUGUCAAAGAUAUCAUACAUCCCGACUGGCUCUUGUAUAUAAUCCAUGGCUUUUGUGGCCAGUCCAAGCUUUUAAUUUACGGCCGCCCGGUGCACAUCACCCUCAUCGCCAGGCGCUCCAGCAAAUUUGCCGGCACCCGCUUCCUGAAACGAGGAGCCAACUGCGAGGGGGACGUGGCAAAUGAGGUGGAGACGGAGCAGAUUGCCCACGACGCCUCCGUGAUGUCGUUCUCGGUGGGCAGUUAUUCCUCAUACGUGCAAACGCGAGGUUCAGUCCCGCUCUACUGGUCCCAGGACAUUUCCACCAUGAUGCCAAAACCCCCAAUACGAUUGGACCAAGCAGACCCAUAUGCGCACGUCGCCGGCCUUCAUUUCGACCAGAUGCUGCAGCGAUUUGGAUCGCCCAUCAUCAUCCUUAACCUGGUCAAGAAACGAGAAAAAAGGAAACACGAGAAGAUUUUGAGCGAGGAGCUCUACCCCGCUGUCAUCAACCUCAACCAGUUCUUGCCGCAGCAGCACGGCAUUGAGUACAUCGCAUGGGACAUGGCGCGCUACACCAAGAGUAAACUGUGCAACGUUCUGGACCGUCUGAGUAUGAUUGCUGAGAAUGUGGUGAAGCGUACCGGGUUUUUUGUGAAUAGAUCAGAUUUCUACUGUCACACUCUCCACCCAGAUGAAAGAUGGGGAGACUUGGGUGGAAGCAUUUCUGUCAGUGGGCGAGUACAGACCGGUGUGCUCAGGACCAACUGUGUGGAUUGUCUGGACCGAACCAACACGGCCCAGUUCAUGGUGGGCAAGUGUGCACUUGCCUAUCAACUCUACGCACUGGGAAUGAUUGACAAGCCCAAGCUCCAGUUUGACACUGACUGUGUGAGGUUGUUUGAGGAGCUGUACGAGGACCACGGCGACACGCUUUCGCUGCAGUACGGCGGCUCGCAGCUGGUGCACCGGGUCAAGACCUACCGAAAGAUUGCGCCAUGGACUCAGCACUCCAAGGACAUCAUGCAGACGCUGUCGCGCUACUACAGCAACGCUUUCUCAGAUGCGGAUAGACAGGACGCCAUCAACUUGUUUCUCCAAGUGUACCAGCCGGCAGAGAGCAGGCCACACCUGUGGGACCUGCCUACAGACUUCUACCUGCAUCAGAAGAGCACGAUGGCCCUCCCCAUGGAUAGACGCAGCUACACGUUGUGGUGGUCAGAGGGAGUCUUGUCUUACCUGCCUAUCGCCUUUGAUGAAGUUCCAUGUGACGAAACCAUGAAGAAGUUGUCAGUGAAGCGAGCGAACCGCUUCGAGGAGAGCAUCGACAUCUACACGGAGUUCUUCAGACCCUACGAGCUCACCUCCUUCGACGACACCUUCUGCAAAGCCAUGACCAACUCGGCCCGGGAGUUCAUGCCCAAAACGGUGGGAGUGGAUCCCAGCCCGUUCACCGUCCGCAAACCAGAGGAGACAGCCAAAUCCGUGCUGGGCAACAAGAGCAGCAAGGACGAGACACUGGUGCAAAGGAAGACGGCGGCCAGCGCGCCCCCUCCGCCCAGCGAGGAGGCCAUUUCCAGCUCUUCGGAGGACGACUCCGAGGAAGACCGCGAUGACGACGCCUCUGUCUCGCAGCGCUCCACCCCGGUCAAACUUUGGACCGAUUCCGGAGAGUGCAGUCAUGCUCAAGAGGAGGGCCAGCAGCAGGCCUUCAGGGAGCCCUACGGACUCACUCUGGCCGAGUUCCCUGCUGAGCAAGACCUGCUCAUCUAUAACCGGUUUGCGCAGCUGGGCGAAAGUCAUCAGUGGCGAGCGGCGAAGGGUGAGCACCUCCACCUGGCAAACAUCAUCUGCUUAGAGCCAGUGUCCCGCUUCCCCGAGGACAGCGCGUAUGCGGUGUCGCCGCCGCAAGUGGACGGCGGCAGCCAAGACGUCUUCGAGAGCCACGUGAUGGCGGCCCGGGGUCAAGUGAGGCCCCUGUGCCGCGAGGACAUUUUGAUGUAUAGGGAGUACGUCAGGAACAGAUACAUGUGACGCACGCUCAGGGCAGCAAGAUUUAUUUAUUAUUAUUUUUUUUUUUCUUCAUCUACUUCUUCCUAUGGAUGAUGUUGCCGCUGUUGUUUUUUUUUUUUAGGAUUAUUUUAAAACUCCAUGUCAUAUUUUUUAAGACAGAGCUGUCUUUUAAGGUGCUUUCAUUUUUAAUAAAUGUAAUAAAAAAUACAAAUGAUA